AUGGUAGUCAAGCCCAACCGCUCGGGCGGCGCCAACUACCCGUCGGGCUACACGGACGCGCAAGACCACGGCAUCGUCGGCAACCUGCGCACCUGCGCCCUCGUGUCCAUCUCGGGCACCGUCGCCCAGCUGUGCCUCCCGCACUUUGACUCGCCGUCCGUGUUCGCGCGCAUCCUCGACAAAGACAAGGGCGGCCACUUUUCGAUCCGCACCGUCAAUGCGACGUCGACCAAGCAGCAGUACCUCCCGAGCACGAACAUUCUCGCGACCAAGUUCUUGUCGGACGAGGGCGUCGGCCAGAUCGACGACUACAUGCCGCUUCCGGCCAACAAGUCGGACAAGUCGUUCCUGCCCUGGCUCGUGCGCCACGUGACGACGAUCCGCGGCAAGCUCACGUUCACGAUGGAGUGCGCGCCGGCGUUCGACUAUGCGCGCGCGAGCCACGAGACGACGAUCAGCAACGACGACAAGCGCGCCGACUUUGUGUGCCCGCAACACGUCGACCUCGACCUGCGGUGGGUCGUCAGCAACGGGUCGCACCCCAAGGACGGCCUCAAGGAGCCCGAGAUCGAGCUCGACUACCUCGACCUGUCGGAGCGCGGCCACAAGGGCCUCGGCGUCACGGCCAAGUUCACGCUCGAGGAGGGCCAGAGCGUCACGUUCGUCCUGCGCGAGCCGCCCAAGAGCGGGUCGACCUCGGGCACGGGCCGGACCAACGACGCCGUCCCCGACUGCUCGGCGUGCGACUCGGGCGAGACGCAGCCCGUCUCGUCCGAGGACCCGCCCCUGAGCCAGGCCCUCAUCGAGCACCUGUACCACGACACGACGGCCUACUGGCUUUCGUGGCUCAAGCGCUGCACGUACAAGGGCCGCUGGCGCGAGGUCGUGCAGCGCGCGGCGCUCGCCCUCAAGCUCCUCACGUUCGCGCCGACGGGCGCCAUCGUCGCUGCGGCAACCUUCAGCAUCCCCGAGGACCUCAACGGCGCCGGCAGGAACUGGGACUACCGCUACGCGUGGAUCCGCGACGCGUCCUUCACGGUCUACGCCCUCUUGCGCCUCGGCUUCACCGAAGAGGCGGAUCAGUACGUCGACUGGUUGAGCGGCCUUCUGCGCGCUCGCGCCAAGGGCGAGGGCCUCCAGAUCAUGUACACCAUCCACGGCGGCAAGGACAUCCCCGAGCUCGAGCUCACGCACCUCGACGGCCACAAGGGCCAAAAGCCCGUCCGCAUCGGCAACGGCGCCGCGGACCACCUCCAGCUCGACAUCUACGGCGAGCUCCUCGACGCCGUCUACCUCGCGCAGAAGAUGAGCCGACCUCUUGCCUACGACGACUGGGUCCUCGUGCGCGACCUCGUCGACUACGUGUGCGACGUGUGGGACCAGCCCGACCUGUCGAUCUGGGAGGUCCGCGGCGAGAAGCAGAACUUCCUGUACAGCAAGAUCAUGUGCUGGGUCGCGCUCGACCGCGGCCUGCGCCUCGCCGACAAGCGCUCGCUCCCGGCGCCGAACCGCAACAAGUGGCUCGAGAACCGCGACCGCUUGUACGACGAGAUCCAGGAGCGCGGCUUCAACAAGGAGCUCGGGCACUUUGGCCAGUCGUACGAGCGCAACGACGUGCUCGACGCGGCCGUCCUCAUCGCGCCGCUCGUCUUUUUCACGACGGCCAACGACCCGAGGUUCCAGGGCACGCUCAAGGCGCUCAUGCGCCCCAAGGACCGCGGCGGCCUGUUUGAGAACAACCUCGUGUACCGCUACGACACGGACAAGGUCGACGACGGCACCGGCGGUGGCGAGGAGGGCAGCUUCUCCAUGUGCACCCUCUGGCUCGUCGAGGCGCUCGCUCGCGCCGGCCAGUUCAACCCGCCGCAGCUCUCGCAGGCGGUCACCAUCCUCGAGGACUUUAUCGGGUACACGAACCACCUCGGUCUCCUCAGCGAGGAGAUCUCCAAGGGUGGAGAGUCUCUUGGCAACACGCCCCAGGCCUUCUCGCUCGUCUCGCUCAUCUCGACAUGCUUCAACGUCGACAAAGCGAGUCAGGGCAAGAACGUCGGCCUCGCCGAGUAAGCAGGAGGAGGAGGACGUCGUCGUCGUCGUUGGGCAGGCGGGACCUUCUCAAGUGGCCGUCUCCCUCGUCGCGGCGAGCGCGUGGCUUUCUGUCGGAACGGCAUUGUACAGACUUGCUUAGACGUGAAAUCAAUGCAUCUCACUCACU